AUGUCUCUUCCUUUGGAUUUGACAUCACAUCCUCAUAGACGUUUUAAUCCUCUGACGAAUUCCUGGGUAUUAUGUUCACCACACCGUACCAAACGUCCCUGGCAAGGACAGCUCGAAGUGUCACCAGCUAUUAACCUCCCAGAGUAUGAUCCAAAAUGCUACUUGUGUCCCGGGAACACACGAGCCCAAGGCGAAAAGAAUCCAAUGUACAAGGAAACAUUUUUAUUUGAAAAUGAUUUUGCGGCCGUCAAGAUUGAGAACGAUAUCGGAAGAAUGAAGCAAGCGGAUGAAAAGACGAAGGAUGAGGCAGAUGAAGCUUCUUCACUUUUCCUUGCCCACCGAGUUCAAGGUGUUUGUCAAGUAAUAUGCUAUUCACCACUACAUAAUGUGACGGUUGCAGAACUAUCCACCACUUGCAUACUUUCUAUAAUUACGACCUGGAUUGCCGAAACCCUCACGGCCCAAUCGCUCCCUUUUGUCAAAUACAUUCAAAUCUUUGAGAACAAAGGUUCGAUGAUGGGUUGUUCUAAUCCGCAUCCUCACGGUCAAAUCUGGUGCACCUCAGUUAUCCCAGAAGAGCCAGCUAAGGAGUUGGAUAGUAUGAAGAGGUACUAUAACAAAUGCAACAAAUGUCUGCUGUGUGAGUAUACGCGAAUGGAAUUGGAAAAGAAACUGGAGAGGAUUGUGUGUGAGAAUGCGUCUUUUGUGUGUCUAGUACCAUUCUGGGCCGUUUGGCCGUACGAGACUAUGAUAAUUUCCAAACGACACAUAACCUCGCUGGUAGACUUGACUCAAGAAGAGAAAAUUGCGUUAGCAGACAUAAUCGGGAAGAUAACGCGUAAAUAUGAUAAUGUAUUCGAAUCUUCUUUUCCGUAUUCGAUGGGGAUACAUCAGGCUCCUGUUGAUGGUGAGGAACAUGUGUGGGACUCACAUCUCCAUAUACAUUUUUAUCCUCCUUUGUUGAGAAAUCCUACCGUGAAGAAGUUUUUGGUUGGAUUUGAAAUGCUUGGUGAGCCACAGCGUGAUUUGACACCCGAGCAGGCAGCUUCCAGGCUACAGCAAUGCUCGGAAACGCAUUACAAGAUGAAAUCGACAUAG